AUGUCCGCGACGGUCCUGUCUGCACGGGGCCACGAGUCGGUCGCCGAGGCCAUCCUCGCGCACCUCCCCUGGCGCGACGUGCUCUCCGCCGCAGCCACGUGCACCAACCUCAACCAUGUGGUGGCGAGCAGCGCGCGGCUGCAGCUGGCCCUCCGCACAGCGUUCUACGGGCUCGAGGGUGUGCCGGUGUCCGGCGCGCCGGGACCAGCAGCCGAGCGCAUGAUCGACGUCCAGCGCCGCUGGGCGGCCCUCAGCCCGAAACGCAUCGACAUCGUCCCAACCGAUAUGAUGCACGGCGCGCUGAUGGCCACAUCGGACGGCUUCCUCGUCCUCCCGACCCACUCGAGCAACGCGCAGCCCGAGAUAAUGGGGCACGAGGAGGACAAGUCCGAGCCCAUCGGGGACGGGUGUAAUGUGUUCGACCUGCGCGAUCUGCGCGACGGCUCGCUGGACGCCGCGCCGAAGUGGAAACUCGCCUUCGGGUUCGAGUACGACAGCAUCGCUGUGAACGCGGCAGACGGGGUGCUUGCCGUGUGCUCGUUGGCCACGAAGUCUGGGGGCGGUCCUGACGACGGGGGACGGGACGAGGAGGGCAGCGACGACGACGACGAGGACGACAACGGCGGGGGUUUCACCGUCACCCGCACGGUGCACUUCUACCGUCUCGUUGCCCCAAGCAACGGCGCCGAUCCGGAGCCGCACCCCGCCGCCGCAGGUCCGAUUAUCCGCAGCGACUGGAUCGAAGUGAUGGACGACGAUGACGACGAGGACGCACGCAUCCAGGGCCGGUGGACGAUUGAGCUGCGCGCCGGCGGCGUGCUGGCCGCGUGGGGAGGCAGCCGGUCCGGUGCGCGGCUGUACGACUGGCGGACUGGGGCCGAGCUUCUCGACGCAAAGGUCAACAUGGAGCAUAUCGACGGGGCAGACUUCGUGCCCGUCGACGGCGGCGUGCUUGCCGUCAGCCGGCUGCGCGGCCGCCGACGAGGGCAGGACUCGUGGAGCCUGGAGGGCAUCGGGAUCGCCAGCCUGACCAUGGACGCGGGGGAGACGCACCACGGCAGCGGGGGACUCGACACGGUCAUCGGGCUCAACCCGCCGUUCCGGACCGACGCGCUGUUUUGGACCGACGCCGGCGGCGUGCGCGAGGACGGGCCUAUCCGCCUGCCGCUCGAGGUGCGCGACUAUGCCGUGCCGCCGCUGCCGGCGGAGGUCGUGACCGACGACGGCUUUGAGCGGCCGACACGCAACCACUUCUACUCUAUCCUGAGUGUUGCGGGCAGCGACCGGCUGCUGGCGAUCAACGUGACGGGCGUGAAUCGGCAUGGGCCGAGCUAUGUCGCGACGCUGCGCGCUGACCGGCUGCGCGCGGCGUUCGAGCGCUCCGUGGCCCACCGCGCGACCAAGGAGGAGAAGGACGGGCGCCGAUACACCGACCACCUAGAGCUCGCGCUCGACCCCGCCCUGGUGGACUGGGACUUCAGCCACUUCGCGCACAGCCUGACGGCUGUCGCGGGGCUGCGGAGUCUGCAAGUGGAGGAGUUUGGGCCGCGGCGCGUGGACGAUAGGGAGGGCGAGACGCGGUUCGUGCUCCGUACCGCGCGGUUCGGGUUCGGCGUCGGGGCCGACGUGGUGCACGAGCGGCCGCUGGGUGCGCGCGCUGCUCCCCUUGACGGGGAAGAGUUCGGCCUCGGCAAGCCGUGGGACGACGCACACGUCGCUGGCGAGGUCAUAUCUACGCCGCUCCUAGGCGACCCGGACAAGGAGCCGCGCAUGGUGGAGAAGCCGGAGAAGUCGGCGGGGGCGAGGGAGCGGGUGGUGGCGGAGGGCGAGGACGGCGACGAGGGUAUGGACGGUGGCAGCGACGACGACGACACCAACUCGGAGCCAGAGUACAACCCGUACCCGCGCGUUGCGCCGCAGGACUACGAGACGACGCGCGGGCUCAGCCGGCCGGGCACGGCGGCCGAGCUGCUGCUGUGCGACGACCUGGGCGACGUGUACUCUAUCCGUGUUGACUCGGAGCGGGCGUACCUGUGCAUCGUGUCGUGGGAGGGGGAUCCGCGGGUGAUGGUGUUGUCGUUCUAG